AUGCAAUCGACAGCAUCUCAGUCGGUCGUAAAUGUGUCUUAUCUGAGCCUUGUCCUCGGAGUUCCUUCUACGGUUUUGCUUGCAAUGCUCUACCAACAUUUCGCGCCAGGGAAAGCACUUGAAGUCCCCUUUUUUGAGAUCAGUGUCACUAUCACGGGAGUAGCUGCGCUCCUGGAACUGAGCGUUGAGCCAUUUUUUGCGAUAGUUCAGCAACAUAUGUGGUACGAGAAACGAGCUGCAGUCGAAAUGCCCGCGGCAUUCAUUAGAAGCCUUGCGACAUGUUCAACUUUUCUUUAUGCUUCCCAAACUGGUCGACAGGCUGGCAUUCUGCCUUUUGCACUUGGCCACUUAAGCUAUUCCUUGGCUCUCAUCUGCGGGUACUGCUUAUCCUUGCUCCCUCGUGCACAUGAGCGAAGUUUUUCCUUCCUUCCUGCCCGCAUAAAAGAGCAUAGUGAUGGAAAUGGGUACAUGAUGGGUCUUUUCUCUCUGCGAUUGACAUCCCUUGCUGCUAGUGUCUUUUUCCAGUCUCUUGUGAAACAUGUUCUCACCCAAGGAGAUUCUAUGAUGCUCGCCGCCAUGUCAAGUUUGGAGGACCAAGGAAUUUACUCUCUGGCAUCAAACUAUGGUGGCCUCAUUGCACGGAUUAUUUUCCAGCCCCUCGAAGAAAGUAGUCGAAACCUAUUCUCGACACUUUUGAGUCCCGAUGAGAGUGGAAGGACAAACACAGUCCAGGUUCGCAUUGCGAAGAGCCAUCUAACAGAUCUUCUUCGAGCUUACCAGCUUCUUUCAACACUCAUUUUUCCUUUGGGCCCCAUUAUGGUGCCACAAAUGCUUCGCAUUCUGGGAGGUCGCCAGUGGGCAUCACCAGCAGUCGGUGACAUGCUGUCACUAUAUUGCUACUAUAUCCCGUUCCUUGCCUUCAACGGCAUCACCGAGGCUUUUGUGUCGUCCGCAGCCAACCCAGCAGAGAUCCGAAGGCAAACUGCUUGGAUGGGUGCAUUUUCUGCAUGCUACGCUCUUGCUGCUUAUCUAUUCUUGGAGAUUUGGUCGAUGGGGGGCUACGGGCUGGUACUCGCCAACAUUGUGAACAUGGUGGUUCGUACCCUAUGGAGCUAUGCAUUCAUUCGAUUAUAUCUUCGCCGACAUGGAGACGCACUAAGCAUCACGGAAGUGAGAAUCCAACCUAUGAGUUAUGUCAUAGGAGUGCUUGCCACGACUAUCAUGGUCACACAGAGACUAUCGCGCCCAGACCUGGAUAUGAUUCCAGCCGUUGCAUUCAGUUGCUUCUGUACUUUAUCAAUGUAA